AGGGGUGGUGCCGAGGAAGCCCGUGCACGGAGCAGAGACAAACAAACAAACAGCACCGCAACACCGAGCGAUUAAAGAUAGAGAGAGAAAGAAAGCGGUUCUCAGCUCUUUCUUUCCGUCCAAAUUCAUCCAGAAAUCGGUUCAGAGAAAAAAAGAAGUUCCUCUUCGUUUGCGCAAAGCAAUGCCUGUUCGUCUCGGAAUUCAAUGCCUGUUCUUCUGUCUGAUUUUGACGAUUCUUUCUUGAAGAUUACUACUAAAAUUCAACCAUUAAAAAGAAGGAAAAGGAGCACUACUGUGUAGCAGCUUGAGAAAAGUCGACCAGGAGGCGUAAUGGAUGAUCUUCAAGAUUACUGCAUCUUAUCAACUGAAUUUUUUUAGAAGCUGAAACGGCUGUUACACUGUUCUCGGCUCUGCAAUUUUUGAGAUCUCGAAAAAAUGCCGUUUCUAGACAGAUCCUGCAGUGUAGCUCUUGAUCCGGCUUGAAACCACCGAUUUUGUUUUGUAGUGCUUCAUUCUCAAUCUCAGUUACGAAUCUUUGAUUCUCCAUGGAGUUAACAGUGGUUUUCUCCAGCAUCAGAAGCAUCUCUUCUGUUCUUUCCUGGAAUUAGCUUUGGAUUUUGUUGAACAAUGCGGGUGGAGAAGUGUAUUCUGUACAUCCAAGUAUUGUAAUGCUGAGAAUCUUGGUUUAGAGAGUUAAACGCACCUCAAAAUCUCGCCAUUUGGGCUUAAUUUUGGCUCUGUUAGCUUUACUCUCGAAAUUAAGGAUUGACGUUGAUUUUGAGAGGUGAGGAUGGCUGCUGCAUGGGAACAUUUUGGAGAAAUUGCAAAUAUAGCCCAGCUUGGGGGCCUUGAUGCUGUGAAGUUAAUUGGGCUGAUAGUGAAAGCUGCAAGCACGGCACGGAUGCACAAGAGGAACUGCCGGCAAUUUGCACAGCAUCUUAAGUUGAUUGGGAACUUGCUUGAGCAGCUGAAGUUAUCGGAGCUUAAGAAGUAUCCAGAGACACGGGAGCCACUGGAGCAGCUGGAGGAUGCGCUUAGGAGGUCUUUUAUAUUGGUCAAUAGUUGCCAGGACAGAAGUUAUCUCUAUUUGCUUGCCAUGGGGUGGAACAUUGUCUAUCAGUUCAGGAAGGCUCAAAAUGAGAUUGACCGGUAUUUGAAGAUUGUUCCUCUUAUCACUUUGGUGGACAAUGCUCGAGUCAGGGAGAGGCUGGAAGAUAUUGAGAAAGACCAACGCGAAUACACACUGGAUGAUGAGGAUAGAAAGGUGCAAGAUGUUAUCAUGAAACCAGAACCCUCAAAAAAUGAUGCAAGCAUUCUGAAAAAGACUCUUUCUUCUUCAUAUCCAAACUUGGGUUUUAAUGCAGCACUACAAAAGGAAAAUGAAAAGCUUCAACUAGAACUACAACGAUCUGAAGCUAAUUAUGAUGUGGGGCAAUGUGAAGUAAUUCAGCAUUUGCUUGAUGUGACGCAAGCUGUUGCUGCUGACACUUCUCCAGGAAAGAGUUCGCCCAGGAAAGAGUCCAAGAAAGGAGAGCAUAAGUAUACAGAUUCCUAUAGUGAAAAUGAUCAUUCUUUCCAUGAAAGCUCUCCUAAGAAAAUUGAUAGCCAUACAACUUCCAGAAAUACAUCUCCAGUUUCAUCAGGGAAAGAUCUGCUGUCAUAUAGAGGUUCGCAUGGAACUGAAGAAUGGCACACUGAUUUGCUUGAAUGUUGUUCAGAACCUUCAUUGUGCAUUAAGACAUUCUUCUAUCCUUGUGGGACUUUUUCAAAGAUUGCUUCUGUGGCAACCAACAGGGACAUAUCUUCUGCAGAAGCGUGUAAUGAAUUGAUGGCAUAUUCGCUGAUAUUAUCAUGCUGCUGUUAUACUUGCUGCAUUAGAGGGAAGCUCAGGAAGAUGUUGAAUAUUACGGGAGGAUUUAUUGAUGAUUUCCUAUCCCAUUUAAUGUGUUGCUGCUGUGCUCUUGUCCAAGAAUGGCGAGAAGUGGAGAUCCGUGGGAUUUCUGGUCCGGACAAGACAAAAACAAGCCCCCCAGCCAUGCAAUAUAUGGAAUCAUAAGAAGACAGACGAAAGGUUCAUUCAGUUGUUUGGAGAAUUAAAUAGUUGAAAAUAGAGGUAAUGUGCAGUUGCCACUUUCAUAUUAAAGGACAGAUGAAAGGUUCACUCAGUUGUUGGGAGAAUUAUGUUGUUAAAUAUGGUGGUCAUGGCUAGUUUCCACUUUCAUAUCAAACCUAAUAGUGGGGUUUUCUCCCAUGAAUUUACCAUUUGUAAAUUUAUAGUUAGAGAUUCAAAAUAUGUUGUAUCAUAGACUAUAAUUUUCAAUAGUAUAGUGGUUUUGGUUCAAAUAUUAGUUGGAGAAUUUGGCCUUUUGCUGUUUGUGCCCAGGAGCAUGGUUUAGGGGAAAAAAGUUGCAGAAAAUAAAUCGGUAGACGUUGG